GUGGGUGAAGCAGAGGCCGAGGAGUUCUGCAAGGCGCUUGGGCUGAACGACACAAUCACAAAGCUGGAGAUCUACGUCGCUGAAUCCCAUCGAGAACGGUGUUCGGCUCUGUGGAAGGCACUGGCAGAUGCCUUGAAGUCCAACUGUACGGUCACCCACAUCAACCUCGAUGGCAACAGGAUCGGAGCCGAGGGUGCCAAGGCACUGGCCGAUGCCUUGAAGCGCAACUGUAUGGUCACCCACGUCGACCUCGGACGCAACUACAGGAAAGGGUCGAAAGGGGUCGGCAAGGCCAGGCG